GGCAGCUGCAGUUGAAGGAUCCGGUUCAGGCCAAGCAGGAUCGGCUUGAAGACCUGAAUACGAGAUGUGCCGGAUUCUGAUUUGGCAGUAUCGAUUCGCAACAAAAUGGGACACAAUUCGCAUUUUUAUCAAGAAGUGCACAAUCGGGGUCAUGAUUAACACUUUGUUGGCUUCGAGCUACUGUCCAUCGUCCAUUGUUACUGUUAUUUCCAGUAACGUCCUAUGGAGAUUAAAAGACCAAAGGAACAAGGGAUCAGUUAUCAAGAUGGAAACUCUGCAAGAUCGAGCCCGAAGAAAAUCCCGGACUUCCCUUAAAAUCUUCAAGGAAACUCACCGCAUCGUACCGGAGCCGAGAACGAAACGGCGCGGCGGGAGGGAGAGGAAGCCAGAAAGGGAAGAGAAAAGCAUUGCUACAGGCGUCAGGAUGAAGGGUACUGAAAGAUUCUUGGCGCAGUUGUGCUCGCUCCCUUGUACCGUUCGCUUCGCCAAAGCAGCAGCCUCUAUUCAUCCCCCGGUGCGCAUCGUCGUUGGCGUGAGCGAGACGACCGCAAACUCGCAAAUCGACGAUGGCCAGAAAGAGUACGGUGAAGCCCCUGGAGCAGCGUGAACGGGGUGAGGAAGCGUAAGGGGAAGGAGAAAGAGAGAGAGAGAGAGAGAGAGAGAGAGAGAGAGAGAGAGAGAGAGAGAGAGAGCAGUCGGCGUUCUCGUGUCAUAGACAAAGACGCGACGAGAUCGAACCUCCCGCCAUGUACGUUGCGGAAACGACCGAGCGUCGACGAAACGGUCGCCGAGACGGUCGCUCAGUUGCGCGCGAGACGUGCAUCGUGUCGUGUCGCGCGUUGCCGCGUUGCGCGUUGCGAGGAUCUCGGAGUAGUCGGAAUAGUCGGAGUCUCGGAGAUGCGACGCAGCCGGCCGUCGCCGAUCGUGCGCGUGCGUUACAUCAGCAUUCACUCGCUCGCUCGCUCACUAGCACAUUCGUUUCGUCCAUCUGUCCCUGGACUUCUCGAUAAUAUCGGAGCCUGUGUGAUGCAUCUUCUCAUAUCUCGAGCAACACAUGUCAGAACGGAAUUCCAUCUUUCGAUAACCAUUUCCCGUGUUUGAAGCAAUGCGUGC